CUCUUUUUAAAAGUAGAACAGUCCGCUUUUGUUGCUGGCUCGGCAAUCAAUCAGACAACAACAUGAUAGCAACGGGAGGUUGAUGGACCACCUGUAAACUACACCCCAACAUAUGAAGACGCAGAAAUCUUCACUUCUUGAUAGUUACACCAUGGCAGUUUUUAAUCCUUCUAAUGUAUCUGGGUAAACAACCUGAGGAAAGAAGUUACUGCCUAUUGCAGUCACUAUGCUAAGCACCCUAGCAAGGGGGUGUGGUUCCUGGGCGGGGGAUCUGGAGGUAGCCAAGGAUGGAACGGUAGGUCAUCGUAAGCCCGUCCUGGUCUCCAGCCUUGCUGGGGAAGACACCAAGUUCUUGGAAAAGUCAGUCAAUAUUCCACUGCGAGUCAAAUCAGCUGUUGGAUCUGCAGUGGCCAAUACCUCUUCGACUCGGUUGGUCCCAAGUGCUGACUCGCUUGUCAAUGCCAUCAAGGAAAAGACUCCCAAGACCCAGUACUCCAGACCCAAGUCCGUAUGCAGUUCUCCUCAGAGACCCGAGGCAUUCAGAGAGAAACUCUCACGGUCCAAGUCGGCAGCCAGUAUAUAUUCCAAGAAGCCCAAGGCCGAUCUUGCCACAAACACCUCUUCCAGUUCCACUUUUGCCAAAUACGGAACAAAAUUUCAGAGUGUCUCUGUGCAGCAUGCCAGAAGCAAAGAGGCAUUGGUCAAAGCACUGACGUCAUCAUCCGAGGUCAAAAGUCAUAGGCCAGAUGGUCAAAUUGAGCUGCCAAAGACCUACAUGACCCGAAAGGGUGCACUGAUGUUGUUCACUACUCCAGAGAACUUGUUAUUCUCAGAGACUGACCAAAAAUGCUAUUUUAAGAAUGAUCAAGAUGGCAAAAACAUCGGCAAGCUUUCACUGACACUGGGUACAGUCAACAAAUUGACCAAAUCUGUACUUCAGUAUGGUAGCCACCUGCAGAACGAGGACAGUGACAGUGACGACAACAGUUUCCGAGAGGAGACUCAUAUGCAGUUUAUACGUGAUGAGGAGGGGAGUCAGGAAGUAGUAGAUUACAGGGCACAGCCCGGGGCGGACUUUGUCUUCUAUCUGAGGGACAUGCAGUCCAGAAGCAUGGUGCGAAGUCUGGCACGGACCCCAUCCCAACAAUCCCUAGUGUCAGUGGACUCAGCAGGUGAGUUGACAGCUGCCUUACAGAGCAUUGACCACAGAGGGUCACCAGAGGUCAGGGCAACACCAGAGGUCAGAGGGUUAUUAUCACCAGAUGUCCGGAGGCUGGCCAGCCCAUCUCAGAGAUUGAACCUUUCCAGCGCGGGCAGUGUCAGGCAGCAGUCCAGGAGUGCAUUGUCAAGGCCAUCUACCUCAGCAUCCGGCAGAAGCUCAUCACUGUCUGCUGAGCGACUUGCAGCAUCAUUGAAGAGCUCACCCUACUUGGGUCAUCCAAUCAAAGCCCCCUAUCCUUCCAAUCUUGUGAGUUACCAGCCAUCUCAGGACACGUGCCCUAGACAUGGCAGUGCUCGGUCCAGGCAGUCCAGCUUGGUUAGACAAGGAAGCGCACACUCGACACAGUCAAGAAUUGCUUCAUCUGCCCAUUCGGUGCGGUCGCAUGUGUCGUCACUCGGCGGUGCAUCACAGGGUAGCAAGGGCAUGUUGACAGCCGAGGACUGUGGGCUUGAGAGGCCGGGCAGUGAGAAUGCUCACAGCAUUGCAUUGUCACACGAGGGAAGUCUAAUAGUGGUCAAUGAUGAUGUGAGUUACCAUGGCGACAGCAUCAGGUCAGGUGGUCUAUCUCCUCAGUAUUAUCAGGGGCCCGAAGAGUCAUUGUUUGAAGCAGACUUUGUCGUCAGUAAUGAUGUUGUUACCGAUAUGACUAGUCAACAUAAUGAUGUCACAUCAUUCAAUGCAGAUGAGGACUGGCCCCAGGAACAGCAAGUUUACAGCCCAGUGCAUUAUUAUGGUAGUCGACCUAGUACUGCUUCCCACCACACCUACAUUUCAGGAACCACCAGCUUGCCUACAACAAUUCAAGACAGCCAGUUGGAUCCCAACACACUGCCGCUAGAAGAUCGACUUGACCAAGAUGCCUUGCUGGUGGACCAUGAUGCACUGCUACUUGACAACCCGGUAGAAGAGGACAACACUCUUGACAUGUUACAAGAAAGUGCCAACAGUGGCCAGUGGCCGGUGGACAGCGGCCAGGAGAGAUUCAGCCCAGCUUUGUCGGCCAGACUGAAGAGUCCCAGCUCAGACUGCCCACCCGGCUCCCAAGCCAAGUCACCGAGUCCAAGACCCCAGGCCGUGAGUCCAGUUCCCUCGGGCAGGUCUAGCAUGAGCCAGGGAAGAGGUCAGUUGGAGACUAAGGCACUAUUAGCAGAUGGUUAUGACAUCUUGCCUUCAUCCACAGCAGACAAAGAUGAAAUAUCCUCUGUUAGCAAAGGCACAUCACCUUUACCCUCAGAAAAAGCAGUAACGUCAGAACCACAGGUGGAAGGGGUGUUACCAACAGAGGGCGCUGUACAGGAUCAACAGGGGAGCAUGUCAGUGUCUCCAAGUGAAGUUGUUCCUGACCAUGCACCCAGCUUGCCUGCUGGGCAAGCAGGCUUAGCGGACGUGGUCAACAGAGUAAGGGAGAAUGAGAUGGGUGUGCCGUACACGACCCUGGUGCCUCCCAAGUUGGGUCCCACUGUUGACAAAACGGCCAAGGUUGGAGGAGCCGCAGUGAGAAGAUCACCCUCUCCAGAAGUAAAGGUCACACCAGAAGCAAAGAAGCCUCCAGCCCCAUCUAAAAAGAUUUCCAAGUUAGAUCUUGGGAGUCUGAAAUCGAUGGUCAAGCCACCAGCAGCCAAAAGCGGGUCACCCCGUGUUGGACGAAAAAGCAAAGCAAAAGGUGUGAGGCCCAAGGCAACAGGAGUACAGUUCAUUGACAGCCUGAACAUCGACAGCUAUCAAGGGCCAAGUGAAGAUGAAGUGGAGAAGAUGGUCCAAGAAGAGUUAGCAAAAGAACUAGAGACUAGCCAACUGGACGAAGAAGGGGAAAGCAUGCCAUUUCUAGUUGUUCCAGAGGAGAGGGUGGAUGAUGCAGCUUCCCUGGCCACAGACGAUGAAGCCCUUGAGAAGGAACUCAAAAAGCAAGCUGAGCCUGGGAAGAUGAAGAAAUCCAAGAAAAGCCUAGCCAAAGAGAAGGCAGCACUGAGGGAAGCACGGCGACAGGAAAAAGUUCGCCGGGAAGAAGAGUUGAAGGCUUUAGAGCGAAAGAAGAAAGAAAAAGAGGAACAAAAAAGACGAGAAAAGAUUGCUGAGCAAAGAAGAAUACAGGUGGCAAAGGAGGAGCUUGAGGAUGCUGCCCAGGAGGCGGAGCGUGCGGCGCAAGCCGAGGAGGAGGCCAGGCAGAUGCUGCUAGAUGCCCGGCGACAAGCACGGGAAGAGAGAGAGACAAGGAGGAAGGCGGAGCUAGAGAAGAGGAAGCUGGAGAAAGAGCAACAGAGGCAGGAGCGCAGGAAAAUGGAGGAAGCAGCCAGACUGCGGGAGCAGGAGAUGGCCGAGCGGCUAGCCAGUGCUGCAGAGAAGCGCCGCCUCCGAGAAGAGGCAGAGUGGGAGAGCCAGGAGCAGGAACGUCUGGAGCAAGAAGAGAGGGAACGGGAAGAAGAGGAAGAGAAACGGCGACUGGAGGAAGAGGAAGAGAGAAUCCGAGAGCUAGAGAGAGAGGCUGAGGAAGAGGCUAUUGCCCGCUUGGUGAAGGAACGAGAAGAGGCAGAGCGAAGGAUGAGGAUCGCCAGAGAGGAGGCGGAGAGGCAGAGGCAAGAGGAGGAGCGACUGAGGCUGGAAGAGGAGAAGAGGAAGGCGGAUGAAGAGGAGCGACAGAAGCGGCAGGAAGCGGAAGCCGAGAGGAAAAGACAGGAGGAGCUGGAGAGGAUUAAAAAGAUUCAGAAACUUGAAGAGGAAGCUCGAGAGCGAGUCCAGAGAGAGCUGGCCCGUCGGCGCGCCUGGGCCCUCAGGCGCCGUGAACUCAACCAGGCCCAGCGAGACCACCUGAACUCCAUGAGGCAGACCCAGGGUAUGACCCGCCCCUGGGUCUUCUCCUACUAUGUCCACUGGCCCAAGGAGAACUACGAGAGGAGGAUGUUUGUGGCCAAGAAGAAGUCAUUCCGGCCCAGGCCCAAACCAAAGCCCAAGCCAGAUGCAGAGGGUCAAGGGAAGCCCUGAUCGUAGUGACUGAGGCCUGGUCAUGGACUCAGGCAGUAGUUAUAUGCUCUUUUUGGAAGGAGCUGAUGCUUAGCUCACAAGGUCAGAGUCUAAGACAGAGGGGGAAGAUUAUGGGUUGGUAGGUUAUGUUUUGACUCGAAAUGCCGCUACUUUCCACCAACUAAUGGAAAGAAAGUGCAUGUGAAAGAUUCUUUAGCUUAGAGCGUAGCCCAACAGCCAUUAUAGACAGAAAAUAGGUAUGGGGAAACUGAGUGACCACAGUUGCACAAUGAAAGAGGUGCCUCCUCCUCAGAAUUUGGGUGGGGAACAAAGUACGAAGUCAAAUGAGUGCCCCUGAAGAUAAUAAAAUGCCCCCAUUAGACCUUCGAUAUGUCUCUGCAGUCCUAUGACCAGAACAUCCAGGAAUAUGGAACAAGACUUUAAGAUGUGUGUUUUCAUUCACAGACACUUCCUUGUCUUCCCAGUAUAGAAAGUGUUUUUGAGUGCAUUGGACAACAAUUGUUUUGUAAGUUGACAGAUUGCCUCAUUUAAUUACACAUUUCGUCUCUCAUCUCAUGGCAGUAUUUUUUACACUGUACAAAUGUGAACCACUCAUUUUUACUUGUUUACUACCAUCUGAAAUGUUAGGAAACUGACCGUUUCAUCAUUGUCUUUUUCAUUAAGAAUGAGCCUACCUGGUGUAUGACCUUCAUUAAAGAUGACCAUAAAUAAAUGAUAUCAGGAACGACAAUACACCAACUUGAUGUGGGGAUUUAUACGGGUAUUGUGUAAAGCCGGAUGGGAUGGCCCACGUGAAAUGAGAGGGAAAAGGGAGAUAUUGUUUCAAUAAAAGGAGGUGAGUGUAACUAAAGGAUAAUUGCAACUUUUUGUUGCGGUUUCAUAAGCUGAAAUUUGAAAUGCACUUUUAAGGUUCCGUGAAUUUUUCAGACAGGUGUGCAAAUCCAUCUGAUGAACAGAGGAAACAAACGAAUUUAUGAACAAAGUGCAAGAUCAACAUCGAUUUGUGAUCCCUAAAGAGUGAACAUUGUUUAGUUUCCGUAUACGUGGUGUGAUUUUUCAGCUUUCAGUUUCAUAUUUUCUCAUCUUUUCUGUUAUUUUUGUGGAUUAUAUAAUUCAGGUUGUCACAUCUUUGUCAGGUGUGAAAAGGUGUAACCAUGCAGAGAGUUAAAGGAGAAAAAACGCUUUAGAAUAUUUGGUAGAGACCAUAACUUACCACUCUCUCACCUAUAUAUAGUUCAUAUUUUGAUGAGCUAACCUAGGACUGUUUGCAAAAUGGAAAUGAAAUAGAUGAAUACGAAAAACCCCCAGCACUCAAGAAUCAGCAAUCUGUAGCUUCACUGCACAUUUUAAAUUAAUUCUUAUCUUGCCACGUCUUGGAUUUUGUAUCUGAAUAAUUACAAGUGUGAUUUUUUCUAACGUAACAUUGGGAAGUAAUUUGUAAAGAAUUUUAUAGUACUUCAGACAGCACAACAUUUAGUUUUUUACUGACAUUAUGUAGAAAGUGCCGCUGGGAGCAUAAUCUAUUUUUAACUC